GAGGCAGGCCAAUCCAGUUCUGAGAGGCCAGUCAAGUACCAACUUUUGGGCCAAAGUGGUGGGGCUCCUAUGGUUCCUAUUCAGGUGAUUAAGCAGAGUAUGGAGAAUGCUGGGAAUUGGGUGACUACUAACCAGGCAAAAGGGAAAGAGAAACAGUCUGAAGAUGUCGAAAUGAAGGACAACUUUGAAAUGUUGGAGUCUGAGUUUGAGUCCAUGUGCAGCUUAGUCUCGAUCCUUCCAGAAGAGUUCGAUGUGAAAACUGAAAUCACUGAUGAUGAAGAGGAUUACUACGUCGAGGAGGAUGAUGACAAUCCACUGUGCUAUUAUGUGAUGACUAAAGGAGGAGUCGAAGAUGAUUGUGCCGUUUUCAAGAAACCAGAUAUGGAGAUGAAGAAGCAUUUGAAACCGCUUUUUGUGUGGGCCCGCAUUGAAGGAGUAGGCGUCAAUAAAGUCUUGGUUGAUGGCGGGGCCGCCAUAAAUUUGAUGCCAAAGUUUCUGCUUAAGAAGAUUGGGAAAUCUGUCGAGGAUUUGCAACCUCAUAACAUGAUGUUGACUGAUUACGAGGGAAAAACUUCUAAGUCUUUGGGAAUGUUAUUGGUGGACACCACAAUUGGUACUGUUUCUCGACCUACUCUGUUCGUGGUAGUGCCAUCGAAAGCAAACUACAAUCUGUUGCUAGGACGAGAAUGGAUUCAUGGGGUAGGGGCUGUGCCGUCCUCCCUUCAUCAAAAGCUGUCAAUUUGGAGGCCAGAUGGGGUGGUCGAAAAUGUUGAUGCUGACCAGAGUUACUACAAAGCUGAAGUGGAGUUUGUUGACCGAAAGAAUUUCGAGAAGCGGAUGGCAAACAUCGCUCCGUAUGAAUCAGAAGGAAAAGAACACAUGGAAGGUUCCACUAGUUAUGCAAUGAAUCUUCACCCGGAGUACGGAUUUCUUUGGAAUAAAAACUUUCGUGCUCGGAAUGCCACUGGAGAGUGGCAAAUCGUCGAAUUAGAUGAUUGAGUCGAGCGUAGCUCGAAUAUCGGCCUAUGCGGCCGAGAUGAGAAUAAAGACGGCCUUGGAGGCCGAACAAUAUAUAGGAACGGCAAAGGAAGCCGAAUAUGAAGAAAUUUGCAAACCGGAGGAGUGCCUAGACUUGGAUCAUUUUAAUGAAGACAGAUCAGAGCCGGUUCUUGAUUGUAUAUAUGAUGAUGAACCCCUUGGAUUCGAGCAAUCUUUAGAUCCCAUGUUAAAAAUGCAGGCUCAGGAUCCUUUGGAGGAGGUUGAUUUAGGAGAUGGGACCAAGAAAAGGCCGACGUAUGUAAGUUCGUUGAUCGAUUCGGGUUUUAAGAAUCGGAUUGUUAGUUUGUUGCAGGAAUACAAAGAUUGCUUCGCAUGGGAUUAUGACGAAAUGCCGGGUUUAAGCCGGGAGUUAGUGGAGUUGAAGUUACCAAUUCGGCCUGGUAGGAAACCAGUGAAGCAAGCCCCAAGGAGAUUCGCCCCGGAGGUGUUCUCAAAGAUAAAAGAGGAAGUGGAGCGCUUACUUGGAGCAAAGUUCAUACGAACAGCCAGAGGAUGAUGUGUCGAAGACUGCAUUUCGGUGUCCAGGGGCACUAGGAACAUAUGAAUGGGUGGUGAUGCCGUUCGGUCUUAAAAAUGCCGGUGCAACUUAUCAGAGGGGCAAUUUCUGGGAUUCAUUGUUCAUAAGAAGGGCAUUGAAAUCGACCAGAACAAGGCGAAAGCAAUCUUCGAUACUCAACCACCGUCGAAUAAAAAACAGUUACAAUCUUUGUUGGGCAAAGUCAAUUUCUUGAGAAGGUUUAUCAUGGAUCUAAGCGGGAAAACCAAGGUAUUCUCCACAUUGCUUCGACUCAAGAAAGAACAAGAGUUUCAAUGGAUGGAAGAACAUCAGAAGGCGUUUGAGGAAAUAAAAGCCAGCUUAACAACGGCACCAGUCAUGGCUCCUCUCA